AAUUGGCAAGACACGUGUUGCUCUCCGGCGCGGCGUCGCCUGUGGCGCGUGCGCCCACUCGCCCCGCAUCAGUUAAGUUUGGGGUUUUUUAUUUUUUAUUUAUUGUUUUUUGCAGAGAGCACGAGCGGUUACCAAAUGGAAGCCAGUGGAGUGUGGGAGUGUGAUCGGCUGGCGUCAUGCGAGAUCGAGGCGGCCGAAGCUCUGACCGGACUUGCUCGAGGCGCCGCCGCCCGCGGCGGCUGCUGUAUUUCCGCUACCCGGGAUUGCUUCUCUCAGUCUUUACAUCAGAAUCAAGCAGUGGCUACCCAACAGUGUUGCGGGAGCACAUCUGCACAUGCAUUAGUGACCGAGGAAGCAAACAGGGUUGCACCCAGUCGCUUGCGUGGAAGAGCUAAAACUACCGGCAGAGUGAGGCAACAUUUGUCGGAGAGCUCUACCACUCAGGCUGAGAAGGAAGCAUGGAGGGUUCGACGUGUCUUGGCUAAUCGAGAAUCUGCUAGGAAGACAAUUCGUCGUAGGCGGGCAAUGCACCUGGAUUUGACCAGGAAGGUGGCUUUUUUGUCCGACGAGAACAAGAACCUAAAGAAGGAAAAGGAGCUGGCUGUGAAGAAUUAUUGUUCUCUGAAAGGUAGAAAUGAGUUUCUCAAACUGCAGAUGAAAAAUAGAGCGGAACCAAGAGGGGCUCAAAAAGAACUGAAGUCAUCUGGGAUGGAGCUUGCAAGUUCUACCACGCAAACUCCAACUUGUUUAUAUAACCAGCACUCUUCAGUUCCUUUCUUCUGGCCAUCUGUUGUUCCACAUCUUAAUGUUUUCCCGCUGCCAUGUGUUUCCUUUCCCGAUGGAACCUGUUCGUCUCAACUUCCUAUGCGACAACGUAAAGAGUCACCCUCUUCGCAUCAUGGCAGAGAAAUUACCAUGGGGAAUACGAAACCGGGAAAUGCCUUGUUUGUUAUACCAGUGCCUUGGUUACUUCCUGUCCUUAACCACAGCAAUGCACCUAAGUUGCAUGCUGAUGCUAGCGGAGCUUCGAAGGAGACUUUAUCGUCUCACCAAUGCAGUUUGUCUUCCCCCUUGAAUGUGCUACAUGCUGACAAUGCCCAUCAAUCCUUAUCAAAACCAAGAAUGAGUACAGAAGCUUCCAUAUCCUCAAGAAUUAUGCCGGUGGUUUGUCCUCAUGGUGCUGAAUGGACAUUUCCAGAAGACAGGGGGUGUCAUCUUAAAGGCAACGUUCUUGUGACAGAGCCGUUGGGCUGUGUCAGACCUGUGGAGUGUCCCAGGUCCAUUAGACGCCCCCGGGCAGAUGACGUUAAUGAUCUCAGAAACAUUUCUGUCUCCAAGACACCACAUAGUUUACUGAAGAAGAAUCAAGAGUUUCUAAGCUUCAAGCAAAAGAAGUCGGAAAAUAUUUAUGCAGCCAUCAAUGCCAGGAAGAGGAGAAAGGAACUGAUGCAAAUGAAGAACAACAUCAAUUGCCGUCAUUUUCGCAUGCACAGCACGGGCAGUUGAGUUCUUAAAGAGCUAAGCCAAGGUUUCCUGUAUUUCUGUUUAAGUUAAUCUAGAUAACUUGGUUAGAAGGUAGAGGUUUUGUAUAUAUCUUAAGACGUUCAACCAGAGUGUAAAUCUUUAUAUAUAUUAGAAGUACACCUAGAGUAUCUUUUACAUAAUGUUUGUGCGUAUAAAUAAAUGUUUG